AUGUCGACGAAGAAUUUCCGAGUCAGUGACGGAGACUGGAUUUGCCCUGAUAAAAAAUGUGGAAAUGUAAACUUUGCUAGAAGAACCAGCUGUAAUCGAUGUGGUCGGGAGAAAACAACUGAGGCCAAGAUGAUGAAAGCUGGUGGCACUGAAAUAGGAAAGACACUUGCAGAAAAGAGCCGAGGUCUAUUCAGUGCAAAUGACUGGCAGUGUAAAACUUGCAGUAAUGUGAAUUGGGCCAGAAGAUCAGAGUGUAACAUGUGUAAUACUCCAAAGUAUGCUAAAUUAGAAGAAAGAACAGGAUAUGGUGGUGGUUUUAAUGAAAGAGAAAAUGUUGAAUAUAUAGAAAGAGAAGAAUCUGAUGGUGAAUAUGAUGAGUUUGGACGUAAAAAGAAAAAAUACAGAGGGAAGGCAGUUGGUCCUGCAUCUAUAUUAAAGGAAGUUGAAGAUAAAGAAUCAGAGGGAGAAGAAGAGGAUGAGGAUGAAGAUCUUUCUAAAUAUAAGUUAGAUGAGGAUGAGGAUGAAGUUGAUGCUGAUCUUUCAAAAUAUAAUCUUGAUGCCAGUGAAGAAGAAGAUAGUAAUAAAAAGAAAUCUAAUAGACGAAGUCGUUCAAAGUCUCAAUCUUCACAUUCACGAUCUUCAUCACGCUCAUCCUCCCCCUCAAGUUCAAGGUCUAGGUCCAGGUCCCGUUCAAGAAGUUCUUCCAGUUCGCAGUCAAGAUCUCGUUCCAGUUCCAGAGAACGUUCGAGAUCUCGUGGGUCGAAAUCAAGAUCCAGCUCCAGGUCCCACAGGGGCUCUUCUUCCCCAAGAAAAAGAUCUUAUUCAAGUUCAUCAUCUUCUCCUGAGAGGAACAGAAAGAGAAGUCGUUCUAGAUCUUCUUCAUCUGGUGAUCGCAAAAAAAGACGAACAAGAUCACGGUCACCCGAAAGCCAGGUGAUUGGUGAAAACACUAAACAACCCUGAGCCCAGGGUCAACCCCUACGGAACACCACUACUUUACCCAGGCGCCACAGGUCAUCUUCUGGAUCGUCCAUUCUGAUUCCCGUUCAAGUUCAAAAAAGAAAUAAUGUAUUAAAAUUUACAUCUUUAAAAAAAAAAUUCAGUACAGUGCAUGAAGCAUAUUUUUUAAGAAGUUGGUGUCUUACUUGGUCAGAAGUGCUAAAUCUGCUAGUAGAGGUGCAUGCCUUUCAUUGCUUUU